AUGCCGCUCGCAAAAAAGUGCCACUCCAUCCGUCACGUCAUAUACUUCAGCAAUGGUGUUUACUUGAAUCGACCUGUUUCAAUUGCAACAGUGAGUGAAUCUAAAUUGGUUAAGGAAACCGGCAACGGGACAGCUGGGGCGGCCGUUUCUGAGCGCAGCUCGCAUGAAAGAUUUAGUGACACAGCUCGAGUUAGCAUUGAAAACGCGCGUGCACUUCUCCCCCAACUGCAGGCAGGCGGAGAGCUGCAGCUGCAUGAUAUCAUCCAGAUCGAGGAGUUAGGCAGACAAGUGAUAGCUGCUGAAUCCUCGGAACCGUCCUUGUUUUGGAUGCCUCCAAGUGCAGAGAGGCCAACUCAAGAAGAUCUUGCCGUUGUGAUGUACACUAGUGGUUCUACCGGUAGAUUAUCAACCCUUAAACAUUAUACCUUUGUCGGUUGGUCAACACCUUAA